GAGCGGGCCGCGGAGCCAUGGCCCUGCAGCCGCCCCCCGCCCUCAGGCCGGGCUCGGCCCCGGCGCUCUACAUCCACAGCAUGCCCGCCUGGGUGCUGGAGGACUUCUGCCACAAGAUGGACUGCCUGAGCGACUACGACUGGAUGCGGUUCGCCUCCUAUGUGAUCACUGAUCAGACAGAGCUACGGAAAAUCAAGUGCAUGGAGAAGACAGGGAUCAGCAUCACAAGGGAGCUGAUGUGGUGGUGGGGAGUGAGGCUGGCAACAGUGCAGCAGCUCCUGGACCUGCUGCAAGGGCUGCAGCUCUACCGAGCAGCUCAGGUCAUCCUGGACUGGAUAUCUGCCUCUAACACUACCAGCCCUGAGAAAAAAGAGCCAGUAGAGCCCCCCAGCCAGGAGAUCACACCUAUACCUCUCACAGAAGGGAGAAGGAGAGAGAAAGAAAGCGAGUUAAGCGUGUUGCCAUCACCAGACUCAGCAGGCAUUUCAGGCGCCGUUUCUGAAGGAGCCUUGUAUUCCCUCCCUGCUCCACCACCUCCCCCAAGAGACCUUUUGAAUUCCCUGCAGUCCAGUCCUCCUGUCUCAUCAAGUGUAAAGCCUUGCAGCUCUUCUACUCCUCGGCAGGAGACAAUGGCUGAUCUCCCCAGUGGGAGUCUCCUGUGGGCCCAGAGGGAAGUUGCUGAUGCCACGAACGGUUUCAGUGACAAGAACAGAAUCUGUGAAGGUACUUUUGCAGAUGUCUACAAAGGUCAGAGGAACAACGUACUGUAUGUCAUCAAAAGACUGAAAGAGCUGGAAUGCACAAACCCAGAUUCCACCCAGAGGUUCUUCCACACGGAAGUGCAGAUUUGCUUUCGGUGCUGUCACAUCAACAUUCUGCAGCUGCUGGGCUUCUCAGUGGAAACUGGAUUGCACUGUCUGAUAUACCCCUACCUGUGCAAUGGCUCCCUGCAAAACAAGCUCCAGUGCCACGAUGAUUAUGCUCCACUGACCUGGGAGAUGCGAAUUAGCAUUUCUGUAGGAGUCAUCCGAGCUGUGGAGUAUUUACAUAAUUUUGGAAUUCUUCAUGGGAAUAUCAAAAGCUCAAAUGUCUUGUUGGAUGAAAACUUUACACCAAAGCUUGGACAUUCUGGCCUGCGAUUGCAUUCUGCUGAUAAAAAAUCAGAAUAUGCUGUGAUGAAAACCAAAGUCUUGCAAGCUUCUCUUACUUACCUGCCAGAAGAUUUUAUCAGACAUGGGAAGUUAACAGAAAAAGUGGAUAUAUUCAGCUGUGGUGUGGUCUUAGCAGAGGUACUGUCGGGGCUGAAGGCGCUGGAUGAAAGCAGACACCCCAUUUAUCUGAAAGAUAUGAUUGCUGAUGAAAUUCAAACAGCGAAAGAAAGCUCACACUCCAAAGUAAAAACUUUGGAAAAGCUGGCUGCCAAUGAAAUCUGCUGCAAAUACCUAGACAGGAAAGCAGGACACUUGCCAGAAGAGGUUGCAGUUGAUUUUGCCUCAGCCAUCUGCCUUUGCCUGAGAAAGAAGAGUUCUAACAUAGCAGAGGUGCUUGAAGUUAUGGAAAUGGCUGAAAAUAAAUUAAAAGAGCAUUACAUCUGUGGAAGCAGCACUUCCGGCUUCUCCAUGAACACUCCAGAAGAAACUGACGAUGAGACUGCCAGUCUGAGCAUGGAUGUGCCUUCUGCAGUGGGGAAUAAAGAGGAGAGUGCCCAGGCAGUGACCCUGUCCAGCUCCAGCCCCUGCGCCCCUUCCAUGGGAGCCGCGGCACCCGAGCCCUACUGCGGACACACGUCACGGGUCCCCUGUGAGUCAGAUGAGUCCAGCAGUUUCAUAUGGAACCCGACAGAAAAACCCACGAAGGAGCUAUCCAGCCACAGCUGUACCACUUCAGAGUCAGGCUCUGGUGACAGGGUCAAGCAGGAGAAAUCUACCAACGGGCUGCAGGAGAGGAACGCGGCGUGUGCCAGAGGCGGCGGCGGCCCAGAGACAACAGCUGCUGCACAGGGCACCUGUGCCCAGGGCAGCCUGGACUCCUCCUGUGCUUCACAAGCCGUAGCCAGAGAGACAUCUUGGAAAAUACAGAUAAAUGAUCCAAAAAAGAAGCUCAUGGAAAACAUUAGGCUGUAUGAAGAAGACAAGUUAAACAGUUCUGAACUUUUUGAAUCGUAAAUUGGCUGGAUUUAUUAGCAGUGGCCAGUUUAGAAGAAGAAAUAAGGACUGUCUCUUCAUUAGAAAGAUGGUAAAAAUAUGCUUUUAAUGUAAGAUUAAGCAGAUUUGGAUCAGAAACAUCAGCCCUGAGUGAAGGAAACAAAAGUGAUCACACAGAGAAGCAGCAGGAAAUACUUGUUCUAAAGCAGAUUAAAGAACAGUGCCACUCUGUACACAGAAAUUCCUUCUGCCUUUUCAUCUGAAACGUGAAAAGGAAUGGCAAACAAGUGCCAAGAUAGUUUACAAUCCUUUUGCAGUGUUUCAGAAAACAUCUCCAGAUAAUGUUUGUCUCAUUAAGCCACAGUCCCAGGAGUCACAGAGCACGCACUGACCAGCAGCCAGGAAGCAACGCCCUAUGUCAUUAUCCCCCUGCAAAGAGGAAUCCUCAGAGCCACGGGGGAAGUUUUCCAAUGAAUCUCUCCUAUUCCAUCUGAUCUUAGUGCUCAGAACACUGCAUUACCAGAGAGGGAGAUUCUUCUGCAAGGUCUCAGACAUGCUGUA